GUGUGCGGCAUAGCGGAAAUAGUCGUUUGUUUUUCUUCGAUUUGUAUUUACGAUAAAAGAAGUUCUGUCGGGGUUUCGCGUACGCUAAAAACAGUGCUAUCCACAGUAGAAGAGCUGGAAGAAUCUGGAUGUCAUUGUGUUACUGAUAAUUAAUUACAUCGCUGGCUAGUUUAACGAACCUGCCGCAGAGUGUCGGGCUGUGAGAGGCACAAGACUGGGCAUUGAUUAGCAAUGGUAAAACACACAGUGCGGACUUGUGGGAUUAUAUUCUUUCUGUGUUUGCUGUUCGGAGACAACAACAUUCAAGACAAAACACCACAACAACAACAACAACAACACGAGCGCGUCAGUGAGCUGACACCGGACAGUGCGGACCAAAGCUGUUUUUGUCAUUUGACAGGUGUUUUGGACGACUGCUUUUGUGACAUUGAGAGCAUCGAUGUCUUCAACAACUUCAAGAUUUUUCCUUUCAUACGCAAGCUCAUUGAAAGAGACUUCUUUAGAUACUACAGGGUAAACCUGAAGCGUCCGUGCCCGUUCUGGCCCGAUGAUGGCCACUGCUCUAUCAAGGACUGCCACGUGGAGCCCUGCCCCGAGAGCAAGAUCCCUGUGGGAAUAAAAUCAGGCAACUAUAAUAAGUAUUCUCUCGCUGCGAAUGCUAUCAGAGACAUUCAGGAAUGCGAACAGGCCCAUGAACUUGGUGCCAUUAACAGCACACUGAGUAAUCAAAGUAAAGAGGCGUUUGAGGACUGGGCUCACCAUGAUGAUGCCCAGGAUCACUUCUGUGGCCUGGAUGAUGAGACAUCUCCUGAUGCCGAGUAUGUAGAUCUCCGGUUGAAUCCCGAACGCUACACCGGGUAUAAGGGACCCUCUGCGUGGAGAGUGUGGAACAGCAUCUACGAGGAGAACUGCUUCAAGCCUAGGUCAGUGUAUCGGCCUCUUAACCCCUUGGCUCCAAGUCGUGGUGAUGAUGAUGGUGAAGGCUUUUACAACUGGCUGGAAGGAUUGUGUCUGGAGAAGAGAGUAUUCUACCGGCUUAUUUCUGGCCUCCACAGCAGCAUUAAUAUCCACCUGUCUGCCGAAUACCUCCUGGACGAGGGCUGGGGGAAGGCAGUGUGGGGCCCAAACGUGCACGAAUUCCGCCGGAGGUUUGACUCUGCUGAGACCAAGGGCGAGGGAACGCGCAGGCUAAAGAACCUUUACUUCCUGUACCUGAUCGAGUUGAGAGCGCUGUCCAAAGUGGCGCCGUAUUUCGAGCGCUCGUUCAUUAACCUGUACACGGGCAAUGCACAGGAAGACUCGGCUACCAAAGAGCUACUGCUGCAGAUCCUCAACGAGACAAAAGCUUUUCGCAUGCACUUUGAUGAAAGCUCCAUGUUUGCAGGCCACAAAAUGGAAGCCAGAAGGUUAAAGGAAGAGUUCAGACUCCAUUUUAAGAACAUUUCCCGUAUAAUGGACUGCGUGGGCUGCAGUAAAUGUCGACUGUGGGGGAAGUUACAGACCCAAGGACUGGGCACUGCCCUCAGGAUCCUCUUCUCUGAGAAAGAGAUCAAGAAUCUUCCAGAAAACAGUCCCUCCAAAGGCUUCCAGCUCACACGCCAGGAGAUUGUAGCUUUGCUUAAUGGCUUCGGGAGACUCUCCACCAGUGUAAAAGAGUUGUACAACUUCAGAACCCUUCUAAAGGACAAGAGGUAACACACACCCAGGCCACUAGGUGGUGCCAGCCCAGAGGACACUGCAAUAGUCUCCUCUUCCACAGAGCGAGGCCUUUAUCAGGGACUUUAGAAUUAAAUGUGGCCAACAGAACCCUCCCCACGAGCUUCUGCUCUGUUCUGCUUUUCUCUGCUGCCCACCUAACAGGUAAAAAAAAAAAAAAACCACUACAACUCACAGCUUCUGAUGGGAACGAGAAUCAGAGGCGGGACCAGAGAGUGUGCACAGCACACAUUUCAUCCAAGAAGUGGUCCAAACAUCCCAGCUCUUUCUCUGUGGCUCCUCAGAAAGUAGUUUUUCUUUGUUUUUGUGUGCGAGUGAGAGAGAUGGAGAGAAUAUUAUGUUUGUGUGUCAGUGAAAAGACGUAUUUUAUGUGUUUAACACCUUAAAAGGCAAAUCAUCGUGAAUUAUAAAUUGGCUUUAAUGUUAACAUGUAAUGCUGCCAAAUAGGACCAUAGGCUUCUUUAUGUACUGAAAUAAGGAAAUGUAGCAUACGUUACAACCCUGAGCAACUCCUAACAAGCAAUAUGGUUACAUCUUUAAUUUGUCUGCAGUGACAAAUAUUUCUAGGAUGAUUGAAGUUCAGUGUUUAAUGUUAAAUUCUCUGUUGCUUGGUUUGCAAUCCAAAGCUUUUCUAAAACGUGUCUCAUUGUUCGUGUCGGCUAUUUCCUCUUUUGACUGUCAUGUAUAAGCCAGACGUGUGUUUGUUUUAUUUUUAACUUUAAAAGACUAAUAUUACUUGUGAAGGAGUGUGUGUGUGUGUGUGUGUGUGUGUGUGUGUGUGUGUGUGUGUGAGGGAGAGAAUGAAUGAAUUUCCUUCUUCAUUACAGUGGGAUUUGGACUGAAACACCCCCCCACCCCCAAAUUUUGGUUCUCUUGUGAGGUCCGACCACUUUAAGUGUGUAAGUGGAAGCUGCUGCCGCAUAUUUUUCUGUACACAUACACAAUACAAACAACUGAAGAAUUCUAGUCACCCUUCAUGAAAAUUCAAGUAUGGAAUAAAACCGACAUACAAGAAGUAAUUUCGAUAGUCAUACUGGAGUGCUGCAUGCAGUUGUCAUCAUUUUUUGGCACAAAAUUUGUUCAAACACGGAUUGUUUAUUACAAAGGAAAUUAUUGGCACCCCUCCGGUUAAUAUUUGCAGAAGCUUCCCUUUGUCUGGGAAAGUCACACAGUGUGGUGUUGUGUGUGUGUGUGUGGUGUUUUUUUUUAAAGCACACUUUGGCUUGGUUUGGCUUUUUUUUUCUCCCUUAGGAAUGCCAAUAAUAUUGUUUAAAUCCAAGCAAUGCCACAGCCAUCCAUCUCUGGGAGUCCAAGUGAUCAAACUUGGCCAUGCUGUCUGGGUGGGAGGGAUGGAAUACCUCUCCCUCCCUCUGUCAAUCACAAUGGCAUGAGCCAAUCAUGGGCAUCUGUGAGCUGAUGUAUGCCAAAGAGGGCAGAUGGUGCUUUCCUCUGAGUUUCAGAGUGCUGCCCUGAAAAGAUACGGUUGGCUUCAUAUGUCUCACAGAAGGCACAUGCUCAACUUCAGCCUCCCUGAUUGAUAGCUGUUGUGUGAUGGGGAGAGCUGGCUGGUGGGUGUGGGAUUUGACUAAAUUGGGGUGAAAAAGAAAAAAAAUAUUGCAGUGUAUGUCAUUUUAUUUGUUUUAUUUUACUUUAAGAAAAAUAUGAACAUUAAUUAAAGCAAAGCUACUGUAAGUAGUUCCCCAAAAUGAGUAAGCACAGCUAUUCAUGGUCGUGUUUAGCUUCUACAGUCAAUCUGGCGAGUUUUCAUGAAGGGUGACGGCUACUUGAGUUCGCUGUUUUUACACUGGGUUGCCAGUUUAUUGGGUGCACUUUCUAAGUAUAUCAUUGCUGAUUUCUUGCUGUGUGUACGCUGUCAGUGGAUGUGAAGGGAGAAUCAUAGUACCACCCCCGACCAUUUUAUUUUAUUUUUUUGGGUGGUCCAUUACAGCAAGUAAAAUUAAUCCAGAUGCUAAGAUGUGUCUAAUAAACUGGCAGCUUACUCAGUGUGUGUUCAUUUUUGCUUAUUCUCAUGAACGGUGCCAAUAAUACUUGAGUUGACUCUACAUACAACACUGGUCGAUGGUGUUCAUGUGGGGAGAUGAGAAUGUACAACCUGUAAUCGUGAAGAUCCAUGACUAAGAGCAGCUAUGUGUGUGUGGCGUUUGUAUGAUUUUCUCGAGCUCCACAGCAUCCUGCGUGUUCCACUUGUCUGCCUUAAAGUUACAAAAUGCAAUUUGUAAAGCAGCUCACAUACAGGAAAUUUCACUACUAAAUAGAUUGAGUUUAAAGUCUAUGUUCCUAUGUUUUCUUAUCAUUUUCUUAUCUGUUCUUCAAUGAACAUCAGUGAUGAAAAGGGGACUAAAAGGACUCAAAUAUGAUCCUUGCGAAAACUGAUUCAUUUUCCGUGACUGUGAUUUUGGCCUUCUGUGCUUUAAAUGAGCAAUACCGAUUUUGUUUUUUUUUUUUUUUUUAAUUGAAUCGUUUAAGAAAGGAUUGUAAAUGUAUUAAAGUAGGAAGUACUCUGAGUACAGCAUCUGAGGUCACCUGAAGCCAGUCUGCAGGUGACGAGUCACAAAUACACUCCUUCAAAAAGAGUGGCUGGUGUGUGAUUUUUUUUUUUUUUUUUUUUAAUUUCUUUUAAUUAGUCCUGAUUUUGCACCAUUUGUAAAAGUGGUUUUUUUUUCCAGCUCUCUUCACUCUGUGCAUUCUAAUGACUCAUUUGUUUUUGUGAACUUGUCAAAUCUAUUUAUUUAAAAGGAGGAAUAAAUCUGUCAGUCAUC